AUGCCUCAUCCCACUCUCAAGGCCACUUACGCCUCGAGGGCUGCCACGGCCACUCAUCCUCUCAAUGCCUACCUCUUCAAGUUGAUGGAUCUCAAAGCCUCAAAUCUCUGCCUGAGUGCUGAUGUCGCCACCGCCCGCGAGCUUCUCUACUUUGCCGACAAGAUUGGUCCCGCUAUUGUUGUCCUCAAAACACAUCAUGACAUGGUCUCGGGCUGGGACUUUCACCCUGAGCACGGUACCGGCGCCAAGCUCGCUGCUCUGGCGCGCCGACAUGGCUUCCUCAUUUUUGAGGAUCGCAAGUUUGGAGAUAUUGGCAAUACUGUCGAACUGCAGUACACCAGUGGCUCCGCACGCAUCAUUGAAUGGGCUCACAUUGUCAAUGUCAACAUGGUCCCUGGCAAGGCUUCUGUCACUUCGCUGGCCAAUGCUGCCUCUAGGUGGCUUGAGCGUUACCCCUGUGAAGUGCGAACAUCGGUCACCGUCGGUACCCCCACCACGGAACAGUUUGAGCAUGAGGACGAGGAAAAGAAUGUCGCCCCCGCCACCCAAGAUCCUCCCCCUGUGCCUCAACGAGAAGAUGGUCGCAAAGGGAGCAUUGUUUCCGUCACCACAGUUACACAAAAAUACGAAUCCGCUCUAUCACCCCGCAUGAAUAAGGGCAUCAGCGAAAAUGAUGAGGUGCUGUUUCCUGGCAUCGAGGAGGCCCCGCUGGAGCGUGGUCUGCUCAUCCUAGCGCAGAUGUCGAGCCAGGGCAACUUCAUGAACAAGGAGUACACACAAGCCUGCGUCGAGGCCGCUCGCGAGCACAAGGACUUUGUCAUAGGUUUUGUGUCGCAGGAGGCUCUUAACACGCAAGACGACGAUGCAUUUGUGCACAUGACACCCGGCUGCCAAUUGCCACCCGCAGGCGACUCCGACGGCACGCUCAAGGGCGACGGCAAAGGCCAGCAAUACAAUACCCCCGCAAGCAUCAUCGGUGUUGCCGGCUCCGACAUUGCCAUUGUCGGUCGAGGCAUUAUCAAGGCCAACGAUCCUUUUGAGGAGGCUGAACGGUAUAGGUCAGCUGCGUGGAAAGCGUACACAGAAAGAGUGCGGUGA